AUGGCCGAGACUGCCAAGCUCCAGCUGUUUGUCAAGGCGAGCGAGGACGGCGAGAGCGUGGGACACUGCCCCUCUUGUCAGAGGCUCUUCAUGAUCCUGCUCCUCAAGGGCGUGCCCUUCACCCUCACAACAGUGGACACGCGCAGGUCCCUGGAUGUGCUGAAGGACUUUGCCCCUGGCUCACAGCUGCCCAUCCUGCUCUAUGAUGGCGACGCCAAGACGGACACGUUGCAGAUAGAGGAGUUUCUGGAGGAGACACUGGGGCCCCCUGAGUUCCCCAGCCUGGCGCCCCGCUACAGGGAGUCCGCCACCGCGGGCAACGACGUCUUCCACAGGUUCUCCGCGUUCAUCAAGAACCCGGCGCCCGCGCAGGACGACGGUGAGGCGGGUGGGGGCUCGCCCCGCCCGCAGACGGUGUGCGCGCACUUCCGCGGGGCGCCCAUACCCGCGCAGCUGUGCGGGGUCCGGCGCUACCUGGACAGCGCGCUGCGGCAGAAGGAGUUCAAGUACACCUGCCCGCACAGCUCCGAGAUCCUGGCGGCCUACCGACCCGUGGUGCACCCCCGCUAG